AUGAUCACCACGGAUAGAUUGUCAGUAAUUGCAACGUCUACGCUAUCGAAGCUGCUCGAGCGGGAGAAGAUACGCGAGCUGGGACUCAAAUACGGCGACGACGAGCUAGAGGCCAAUAUCGACACUCUAAGCCAAGGCUACGACGUCCUGGCAGACGAUGAGUCCGACGCCGCGCUCAAGUUCAAACACCAAUACCUAAAUCUGCUAGAUAUCCUUGGCAGGGAGAAGCCGUCGCCGAAGCCAUCUUCGGCAAAGGAUUUGCCAUCGACUCAUCUCCCUAAAACGCAGAGUGCCCAGCAGACACCAGCUACGCGAACAACAAACGAACAGCAGCAAGAACAGCUGUUCAACUACGACGAUCUCAUGGACCAGCAGGAUACCCAUCUCGACAACCUCUCGCACUCUCUCAGCAACCAACACCAAUUGAGCAGCACUAUGACAAAUGAACUCGGAUCUGGAAAUAGGUUUGGAUGA